CACAUGCGUGCAUACACGCACACACCAUUGGAGCGUUUUGACAGUCUGUAAACCAAAAACAAACAGUUUCAGUGUGAAAUAAUCGCAGUUUAAUGCCGUUUUCUGCUGUUACUUCUUGUAAAAGUUAACAUUCUGCACGCGUUGUACGGAAUGUUGAGCAAGAGCUAGUUCCAGCUGCGCCAAACAGUACAUUUCUGGUCGAUAAACACUGAAAUUUCACUGCAACACCCCUCCCGCAACCUCAGCUCCGAUCAUCUGUCGACGACCUUUGCUUUGUCUGGUAGACUGCAGAGAAAGAGCUCGUCGCUGUUUGGCAAAUCCCCGUUUUCAAAAGUUUCAUUCAGGGACCAGCAAUACGUAAUCGAAAAUUGCCAGAAAAGUACACAGCAAAUCGAGGAGCUGUUCUUGUGCUAAAAUUUAUUAGUUCGAACGUCUUCGGUUAAAGAGUGUUGAAAAAUCUGUCUAGACUGCAAGUAAAGCAUCCUCCUGCUCCAGCACAAAAGACACUUUCACUCCGUCUAGAAAGUGUAUUCCAAGUCAAACAGGGCGUUGUGAUAUACUACGCGAACCGAUCGAAAGGCAGCUAGCUUGCAACUCUCUCCAAAUGCCAAAUAUGUAUCGUGAGGCGACGCAUGCUGGUAGCUGGUAUACGGACUCAGGGGCUGAAUUGAACCGUCAGCUUAACGGUUGGUUGAAUGAUGCAGAUCUAACGUUUGGUCCCGCCCGUGCCAUUAUCGCUCCGCACGCUGGAUACCGCUAUUGCGGAGCCUGCGGUGCUUGGGCCUAUCGACAGAUUAGUCCCGCCGUGGUGAAACGUGUGUUCAUUUUGGGUCCUUCGCAUCACGUGCGAUUGUCUCGCUGUGCCCUUUCGGCUGCCCAAUACUGCCGUACGCCCCUAUACGAUCUGAAGGUGGAUCAACAAAUCAAUAAACAGCUAGAAAGUACUGGCCACUUCAAGUGGAUGGAUCAAAAGACGGACGAGGAUGAGCACAGUAUCGAAAUGCACCUUCCGUAUGUGGCAAAAGUGAUGGAAGAGUACAGCGAUCAGUUUACUAUCGUCCCGGUGAUGGUCGGUUCAAUCAGCAACGAAUGGGAAGAAACGUAUGGCAAAAUCUUUGCCCCAUACCUUGCCGACCCGCAGAAUUUGUUUGUCAUUUCGUCCGACUUUUGCCACUGGGGCCAACGGUUUCGCUACACGUACUACGAGGAAGGUUCCGGUCCGAUCUACAAGUGGAUCGAAACGCUCGAUAAGAUGGGCAUGGAUUUGAUAGAAACGCUCAAGGCGGACAGCUUUAGUGAGUACCUACGAAAGUACAACAAUACCAUCUGCGGGCGCCAUCCGAUCGGAGUGCUGAUGCAAUCCGUCGAAGAACUGAAACGCCGUGGUCACCGGAUGAGCUUCAAAUUCCUGAAAUAUGACCAAAGCAAUCAGUGCUGUGAUAAGAAAGACUCCAGCGUGAGCUAUGCCUCAGGUUCGCUGAUAUUUGAGUGAGCUUCUCAUAUUCUCAUCUCUAUCGCUUUGCGACGAAUGAACGUGCUAAUCGGCCGCGUGUGCUUCACCGCUCUACGGUAUGUGGCACGUCCACGUUAGUGUCAUUUGCAUUCUCUAUCCGGUGGUCUGCCACGAUGCACGUUUUCAUUCGAAUGUUUUGUGUGGGUGUGUGUGUGUGUUUUUAAUUCUUUUUAUAUCAGCUUAAAUGGCACACUUUCAUUUGUUUCUCAUUUAAAAUAUAAUUAUAAGAUACGCGAUUUUAUUGAUAAAGAAAGCAGAACAAACAAUCUUUAAUUUAAAAUGGCAAAUUAAAAACUUUUUUUUAUUUCGAUUCAAGCGAAUUUCAUUUUGUGCGCCCAUUCUGAAUACGAUGUAUCAUUGAAAUAAAAGAAAGGAAAGUUUUCCUAUCCCAGAGUAAAAGAAAGCAACAAUAUCCCAUUCUUUUAAAUCAUGUAGAAUUACAAAAACAUUUUAGGAGGGUAAAAAUAAGGAGUGAAUAGGUACAAUUUAAGUUCUGGAGAAAAACAAGAUUUUUUUUUAAGACUUAAGUCCUUAAUUUGCGACGUAGUGCAUAACAAUAAAAGGGUAAUACAAACAUGUGUCUAAUCCAAUCAAAACGCGGAUAAAAUAUGACCGCAUCUGAA